GUGCUAUUGGAUCGGCUGGUGAAACCGCAACGAGAAGUGAAGUCAUACGUGACGGAGAUCACCGGGCUGAAGGAGGAGGAUUUCGAGAAGGUCAAAUACACAUGGGAGGACGCACAGCGUGACGUGGCGGCGCUGCUGACACCCAACACAGUGCUGGUGGGGCACCACGUGUCUGGUGACAUGGAUGUGCUCAAGAUAGACCAUCCAUUGGUCAUCGACACAUCGCUGCUCUUCCGCUACAACUCAAUGGAUUCAAACAUGUCUACCGUCCAGCUACCUCUGGCUCUUGUUGCCCUUCGAGACCUGGGCUACAAGAUGCGGCAGGGCACCACAUCGCAUCACGACAGUGUGGAAGACUCCCUGAUUCCCGUCCGGCUGGUUCAGAAGGCCCUCGGCUCUGACGCGCUGCUCCCCACGCCCAUCCAGCCGCUCUCUGCUAUU